CGCUGCACUCGGGUUCCUCCAAUUUGAGAGUCCCAAUUUUUCUUAUUUUCUCUCACAUUCAUCUCCUCGGGACACCAAACCAGUCAUCAACACAAUAAUAGUUCAGCACUAAGGUUUUCAGAUUCUCUCUCUCUCCCUCUCUCUAUCUUUCUGCAUUGCUGCUGAAAAGUGCGUACCUCGAAUUUUGUAUACCUACCAACAAGUUUAUGCUCACGCUAAAAGUUACUUUCCACCGAAUAACUCAGCGUACCUGAGUGUGGAGGUUGUUAGGAAGAAAAAGAGGAAAGAUGGGAUCCCUCUCUCUGUAGAAGAGAAGGCCGUCUUCCUGAACAGCAAUCUCUUCUCUUCGGUACUGUGGCAGCACCAUGACCGCCUCUUUGAACUCACCCACCGCCAUCCAAGGGAUGCAGCAAGAGGAACGCGUCUCGGGCCCGAACCCUGAAAGCAGCAACGGUUUGGGCCAUCACCAAGUUCCCCAAGAUGAUUUCUUGGAGCAGAUGAUUUCUUCCUUCCCUUCAUGGGGAGAACUCUCUGAGUCUUCUUUCUCACAUGCCCUUAACGGCAAUGGCGGCGGCACGAAUUCUCUGAAGCUUUUCUCCGUGCCUCUGACGAGCGGCAAGCCUGACGAGACGUCGCCGGAGGACCUUCAGUAUCCCGCUUCGUACUACGACACCGACUCGUCCGUUAUGGCCUCUCGACUCCAGCAGCAACAGAUCACCGGCGAAGGAAGUAGCUCUCCUGGUGUUAGGCCACCGCUUGGCGCUCUGCAACUCAACGCGACGGAUUUGGGGGUCGACCAUUCGCUGCUGUUGAACUCUAGAGCCAUGCGCAGGUCAUCUUCGGCGAGCUGCAUCGGCGACGUCGGUGCUGGCAGCGGCAGUUUUCCUCUUCCCUUGAGUCUUGGACAGGAUGGCCACCACGCUGACUCCUCUUCGGAUUCUCACCUUGUUGAGAGAUCGAGAGAUGAUAUUGAUGGCUCAUUCAAUUCCAAUAUGAAAGGUGGUUCUGCUCGCUUCUGCAAUUCGUUUCAGACGGGUGGGAUUUCUCCAAAUAACCAUCUCGAACAUUUUCAGAGUUAUGGAGGACAGAAUCCUGGAAUAAAUCAAACUCCGGCCUCCACGGCUUCUGCCAGACCAAGAGUGAGAGCAAGGCGUGGUCAAGCUACCGAUCCCCAUAGCAUUGCUGAAAGAUUGCGUAGGGAGAGAAUUGCAGAAAGAAUGAAGGCACUGCAGGAAUUGGUUCCUAAUGCUAAUAAGACAGACAAGGCUUCCAUGCUAGACGAAAUCAUUGAUUACGUGAAGUUCCUCCAACUCCAAGUCAAGGUCCUCAGCGUGAGCAGACUUGGAGGAGCUGCUGCUGUUGCUCCACUGGUUGCUGAUGCAUCUGCUGAGAAAAAUGUUGGAACAGGAAGGAGAAGCAACAGCGGUAGCAGUGAACAGACUACAGUUUUGCCCUCCUCACAGGAAGGGGUAACCUUAGCAGAGCACCAAGUAGCAAAGCUCAUGGAAGAAGACAUGGGCUCUGCCAUGCAAUACCUGCAAGGGAAAGGCCUCUGUCUCAUGCCGAUUUCCCUUGCUUCUGCCAUCUCCACAGCCACCUGCCACUCUAAGAACCUGCCCAGCAACACCAUCAAUAAUAACAACAACAAGAGUAAUAGCAGCAGCAGCAGCAGCACUGCUGUCUUUGUGUCAAACAGUUCCCCUUCCUUGACUGUGCAGUCUGCUUUAGUUAAUAACGGUGGUGAUGGUGGUAGCAAUGGCGGAGAUAAUGUUAAGGAAAUCACCUCUGUCCAGUGUGCAAAGCCAUGAGUGGGUGGGAUUCAGAUGGUGCAAGCUGUAAUUGCUGUUCACUGAGGUUUAUAACCUCCCGGAAGCAAGUCUAUGCUCUUAAGGAUUCAGUUGGCUGGAUGUUGGCUCACUACUUGCAUGGAUCUGACUAACCUGCUUUUAGCCUUUCCUGUAUUUCCAAUUCUUUGAGUUCUGCUACUUUAUGUUCAAGCAGUUAGAAAUUUUUUCUUCUUUUAGCUUUUUCUAGAUUUUUUCCUUUUCCUUGUCCUCCUUGCGGAGAAGUCAGAAGACCAUUAGCUGUCACAAAAGAAUGAGAAAAUGCAGCUUAGCAUGGUCUAUGUC